AUGAAGACGUAUCUACUAGCCUUUACCCUGGUGGCGCUAGCCAUGCUAACUGCUGGACCGGUGUCGGCCGAACGCGAAGUGGACGUGCAGCUAGUCGGUGGCUACGGAGCGGCCCACGGCGGUGGUUACGGUGGUGGCGACGAUGAUGGCCGCCCUGACAGUGGUUACGGUGGAGGUUCUGAUGGUGGCUACGAUGGCGGCUACGGCGGAGGUUCUGAUGGUGGCUACGGCGGCGGUGGCUACGAUGGCGGCUACGGCGGCUACGGUGGUGGCCACGGACACCGCAAAUGGGGCGACGUGGAGAUGUUUCUCAAGAUGCGCGAUCUGCUGAUCGAGGCGGCCACCAACGCUGUUGGCUUCAGCCAACUGAGCGCACUGAACGGGUUCAACGGUGAUUUGAUCGAUCUCCCCUUGAGUGUCCCCAACACGCUGAGUUUGUUCGUGCGAGACCUUGAUAAGGUCCCACCGUACUACAAGUACGACUAUUUGCAUAAGAAACCGGCCCGAAGUGUAGACAUAAUGGAUGAGGCGCAUGAUAUGAAAUAA